AUGGCCACGGAACUGCGACCCCGCCCACUGCGCAAGCCCCUGUACGAUUCCGAGAGGGCCGAGCCACGUGCGACGGUGUGCGUCACCGGCGCCACGGGCUACAUCGCCGGGCCCGUGAUCGCACGGCUGCUCGCGGCGGGGCACACGGUCCACGCGGCAUGCAGGGAUCCGGCCAACGAGGCCAAGACGGGGCACCUCAAGGCGCUGCCCGGCGCGGGGGAGCGGCUGCGGUUGUUCGCGGCCACCCUCGAGGCGGAGGCCUCCUACGACGAGGCCGUGGCCGGCUGCAAGUACGUCGUGCACCUGGCGUCGGUGGUGCGCAUGAUGGCGCCCAAGGGCCGGGAGCGGGAGCUCAUCAUCGACCCCUCCGUGCAUGGCGUAACGAAUGUCCUAGGUUCUGUGAACCGCACGCCGAGCGUGGAGAAGGUGGUGAUGGCCUCAAGCGUCGCCGCUGUCGUGGGCGACCACUGGGAGCGCGGGAGGGACCACGUGUACACGGAGGAGGACUGGAACACGACCUGCAGGGACGACUACCUGCCGUAUCACCAGAGCAAGCUGCUGUCCGAGAAGAAGGCGUGGGAGCUUGCUGAAUCUCAACAAAGGUGGAAGUUGAUCGUCCUGCAGCCCUGCCUUGUGUGUGGCCCUCCCCUCGGAAACAACAAGUGCGAGUCCGUGGGCUUCAUGAGGCGCCUGCUGAACGGCUGGUUUGGCGGGUGCAUGCCCAAUCCCACGUACUGCGUCGUGGACCUCGACGACGUGGCGGCCGCCCUCACCCUUGCCAUGGUCACCAAACACGCAAAGGGGAGGUACCUCAUCACUCAACAGUCCUUCACAUUGCGCCAGUACGUCGCACUCAUUCGCCAAAAGUGGGGCGACUUCCGUCUGCCCUGGUUUCCUGUUCCCUACUGGGUGGUGUGGCUGCAGAGCCUGUUCCAUCCAGAGCUGGACAUGAACCUGCUGCAUGCGAUCUGGGGCAAGGUGCCCAAGUUCGACAACAGCAAGAGCAAGCGCGACUUGGGGCUCACGUACACAGAGAUCAAGGUGUCCAUCGACGACAUGGUCGAGGCGCUUAUCAGGCUGGGGAUUGUUAAGGACUUCAGGAAAAAGCGCAGAUGA